AUGGACGAACGUAGUCGUUUCUUGGCGGAUGCGGCAGCUCAACGAAGAGAACGUGAACUUGGACGAGUGCAGGCGGAAGUAGCCGUGAAAUUACAGGCGCUAGCAAGGGGCUAUUUGUCAAGACAACGAUUUGUGAAUGACAUCCGGCUAAAAUAUUGGUCCAAAAACCGUGCACAUGAUAGUCAGAUUAAGUGCCUAAGCAAAGAUGGAGUAAAUCGAAAGGAGCUUACUGGAUGGCAUUCAGAUAUUUGCGCAAUUAUGUCGUCACAUUAUAUUGUCAUUGGACUCGUCAGCAAAAGAUACGAACUGGGCUACAUUGUUCCUGAACAAGUCUACGAUAGCUGCGGCUGCGAAAAGUUAUUCUGA